AUGAUGAGCGAUGCCUACUCGAUGCAAGCUGAAAUAGCUAACGGGGCUCCAUGGGAUAUGGAUGAGAACGCAGGGUCCGGAAAAGACUCGACAAGUCUUGAGAAGCAAUGUAUCGGUGACAUAGAUAGUCGCAGGGUAAGUGCAUUAUGGCACAUGCGUAAUGUGAAGACCCCCGUCCUGAUUCUCCAUGGCGAGAACGACUUACGUGUGCCUUUGGAACAGGCCAUCACGUUCUACCGCGCAUGCAUUCGCAAAAGUAUGCCUGUUGACAUAGUGACGUAUCCUCGAGGAGGAUACUUCGCCAGUGAAAGGAGACAUCCCAUAGACAUGUGGGAGCGGGUGCGGAAGCUCUGA